AUGACUUUCCAGAUGCUCUGGAAGAUUGUCUUGCUUUUGCUCUUCACUCUGUCACUCUCUUGUGUUGCCAAUGCUGGCAGCGCUGCUUGGGAGACUGCGAGAUUCCCGAACGCCAAAUGGGUUGGUAUGGAGCAUACCGAGAAGAACAUGCGCUGGGAUCGCAGAACCAUCAAGUACUCCUUCUCGGACCCAGCCUCCAGGGAAACUCUGUCAACCUGGGUUCAAACGGCAAUGGACCUCUGGUAUGCCUCCGGUCUUCCGGAAACUUUCAAGGUGGAGGAAAUCGACCGUCGCGACUGCCAGAGAGACGGGUUGAACUGUCUUAUCAUCACCCGAUCCUUCAUGGAGCUGUCCACCCCCAUCGGCAAGAAGCCUCACCCGGAUUUUCACUCUCUGGUUGCGCGGUGGACUACCGAGACGUCGGUGGGGAUGUUGGAUACGGGAGCGAACUUCGCCCACGAGCUCGGCCAUGCGUUCGGGCUGUAUCACGAGAGCCACAACCCCCACUUCUGGGCGGCCGGAGGCAACCUCUGGAAUAAUUAUGAACUCAACUGCCCGAAUUUCCAAGGUUAUGACGAGUUGUCAGAUGAGCUCAGCUUUGAGAUGAUGUGGGGCGAGCACGGAGCGUGCGAGGACGGCUGCACAGCGCGCCGACACAAGUUCCGUGCUGCCGAAGUCCUGCCCUGUCUGGACGACAACAUCAUCAAACCCGGCAGUGGGGUUACCACCGACCUUGAUGUAGAUUGGUCGUCCAUUAUGACAACCCCAAGCUACAUUGGGAACGGGAGAAACCCUCUUGAAGACAACACGCAUUACACCGUGGUUCGGAGCCUUGGAAACCGCAGAAUUGACCCUACCUUUGCUCCCACCACUUUUGACGUCCAGGGCUUAAUUACCAUGUACGAGGAGCCAUACCUGACCCCACGGCCCAUCCUGCACAACGAUCCUCGGUCAAGCGCUUACGGAAUCUUUCAACGCUCGGCUCCGGGUUGUUGA